AACAUACUGACCGCUCUAUUCAAGUUACUACAUUUUCACCUGAUACUACUGCAAUUUUUAAAUCUGAUACUGAACAACAAUUUUAUCAAUCUGCUGAAGCUGAUUUUUAUACUUCUACCCCUAGUCCUAUAAUUCCUCCUACUAAUUUAAUUAACCAAGAGUCUGACGUCAAUAGUAUUGAUGAAUUAGUACUAUCUGGAGCUCCUUCUUCUUAUCUAACUGAGAAACAAGAACAAAUUCGCUCUUCUACUCCAGAAACUAUUUUUAACAUGGAGCAAGAAAAUUUAUUUAAUAAUGACAACAACCAAGUUGAAUAUAUUUCUAUAUACCUGACUAUAGACAAUACUUCUAUUGUUAAUUAUUGGGAAGUAGACCAACCCCAAGAUAGAACUGAAAUUGACCCUUGGAAUCCUGCGACAGGCUCACAAUUUCAACAAGUUCCACUUCUUGAAGAUACUGUAUUACAACUUCCUGGAGGUUUUCCUGGCCUACAAACUUGGGAUCACAAUCAAAGUCAACCUACUUUACCUACAGGCUCCAACCAUACUCAA